AUCUCUUCGUCUCAACAUACAAACUACCAACUCGAAGUUCAAUCUCUCAUCUGUUAUACUCAUCUCCUUCUCCUUUCAUUUUAAGAGUUCGAAGAUGUCUGCUAGUCCCAACACAAAUGGAUGGGUUGAAUCAGCUACGAACACAGCUAACACGGCUGGGCAACACGUUGCCGAUGCAGCUAAAGCAACUAGAGACUAUGUAGCCGAUGCAGCUAACACUACAACAAACACUGCCCAGCAGAAAAAGGAAGAGACCUCUGGUGUCCUUUCGGAUACAGCUCAAAAAGCCAGGGAGCAUGUUGCCAAUGCAGCUGAUUCUGUAUCCAAAGCUGCCAAACCGGAAGAAGAAAAAACCCCUGGUUUCCUUGAAAAGACUGCAACUGCAGUGGUUAACACGGGGCAAGGUGCAGUGGAGGCUGUGAAGAACACAAUCGGAAUGAAUGACAAGAAAUGAACAAGUAGCUGUUAAUCUUAGCAUCCAUUUCCACCUACCAAGAACAAGAUCACAAUAUGCUGUCCUUUUUCUGUGUAGAUCUUUCUUUCAUCUCUUUUACGAAUUUGUAAUAAAUUAAUGGUUAGCAAUGCAAUAAUGAAAAAUGUUUGAUUCAUCAUAUCAUCAAUUACUCUCGCCACUCCAGUAUCUACCAUUUUCACAGCUUAAUCCAGAUUUCAAAAUUCUUGGUCCAGUAGAUAAUGCGGCU